AUGCGGGUAUGUAUCGUGGGAGGCGGAGGUUAUUUGGGAUGUCAACUUGCAAGCCGUUUACAGUCUGAAGGCGCUCAUACUGUACUACUGGACGUCGUCUUUCCAGUACAUCCUAAUAUCACCCUCGACGAGAAAUUGACCACUAGAAUACAGGGAUCACUGCUGAACGAGGAGAUCGUCCGAAAGGCGCUUACCGCCUGUGAGUCAUGCUUCCAUCUAGCAGCCUAUGGCAUGUCUGGUCUGCAG